CAUGCUCCUAUCUUGGCCGUCGGCUAGUGUGGGCCUCUACUUAGCUCCAUCCUUAUUUCAGACAUCAUGAUAUAUCGCUAUGUUGAAAACCAGGUAUCACCCAGCCCUAGAUGGCAGCAACCACGCCACUCAUAAUUCAUUGCUGAAGCCUGUAUGCCAGUCCUUGCCAUCAUAUUCCUAGAUCUGUCUGGCCCAGAUCUGUCUGUUUUAAAUUGAUUUCAUUCUUGUAUACGUUUGAGGACAAAUCCCAGCCUCCUCAGCACAGAUUUCAGACUGCUUCCGCUUCAGGAUAAACAGCUGGCCAACUCAGCAGGGCAUUCUGCCUUGAAAUACUGAAAUACUGAAGCCCUGCUGGUUUAUUGGCCAAGAGGAAAACUUUGUGGGCUGCCUGUGGUCAGAGACAGCGUGAUUCAAGCAGCUGGCAGAAAUGCCUGGAAGUGGAGUCUAGCGCAGGCAGGAAGCCCAAUUCUUUACCAACCGAAGUGCUAUCAAAAUUGGGACGUGCGUUGGUGGAAUGCUUGAAGCCUCUGCUAUUUUGAAAUCUGGACUGUACGAGUAUAAAGUCUAUGCCACUCUUGGUGAUUGUUCCCCAGAUGUAUGUGCAGAAGUGUACAUGGAUUUAACCUACAGAACACAAUGGGACCGGUAUCUUAGAGAUAUAAGUGAGAAACCUUUUGAGGGCAGAACAGUAAUCCACUGGGAAGUGAAGUUCCCUUUCCCCAUGGCAAAUAGAGAUUAUGUUUUCAUUCGUGAGCGUAAAGAUAUGGAACUUGAAGGGAAGAAGAUAUAUGUUAUAUUGGCUAAAAGCGUGAAUACCUCUAAAUUCCCAGAGAAGACUGGGAUUGUUAGGGUAAAGAAUUAUAAACAAUGUGUGGCCUUUGAAAGCGAUGGCAAGAAAGGCUCCAAAGUUUUCAUGUCAUACUUUGAUGACCCUGGUGGCAAGGUUCCUUCGUGGCUUGUCAACUGGGGAACCAAGACUGGAGUGCCUAACUUCUUGAUUGAUAUGGAGAAAGCUUGCCACAGUUACCGCAAAAGAUAAAACUGCUCCUUGAAUGUGAUCCAGAUUGAUAGCUUAAAGGUAUAUUUUGCAUGGAUAAUGAGCCAUGGACACAUCACUGAAUAACAUCUGCCUUUCGGGAUAGUAAUCAUGAGCCAUGUAAGUUCCCAGGCAUGUGACAAUGAAACAUAUUAAAACUUUUCAUUUUUCAUUUUC